UAAUAUUAUCAAUGUUACCUAAAGUGUUUUUAUGCAUGACAUUGUUUUUUUUUAUUAUUUAAAAAUCCUCUUGAAUUCCCAUUUAAAACACUAUCAUUUUAAUGUUUUGGCAGAAAGUCGGUGGCGUUUGGAGGGAUUUUGUAAGGGGUAGAGGAUGAAAUGCGUAUGUGACAGUGGUGCGCGGUCAAAGCACUAUCAAACACUGACCUACAUUUACAACUUAAAUUCUAGUAUUUGUUCCAUGAAACUGUAUUCAUUUAUUCCCAACAGUUUAUCUUUAUUCGUGUGCACCUUGGUUGCACUGUUUCCAGUAGUGUAUGUGUAGGUUAAGAUUUUUUUUGUCCUACCGGAUUUUAGCUUCAACGUGUUGCCAUGGCAAUCUGAGAUACCCCUGGCCUUUUAAAAUCAAGAAACACUGUCAGCAAUGGGGCAGAGUUUAGAUUCACCUCACAGCCCCCCCUACAAUAAUGUCAGAAUUUUCCCGUCCUCUGAAUGGCUGAUCAAAGCUACCAAGUUAAGGCCACAAUGGCUGACUGAGAAGACAUUGACAUCACUGGUGAGUUCAGUAAUCCCUUGUUUAUCGUUAAGUGACAAGUGAGUUUCCGUAAAGUAGGACUUCAUAUUGAUAAAUGGAAUAUUUUUGUAGUUGAACAUCGAGAACCUGUUCACAGCCUUCUGAAUUUUUUUUUUUUUAUUUAAACAUUAGAGCCCUCUAAAGAAGAAAUAACACCUUUUACACUGUUAGUAGACAUAAGAGUAAAUAAGACUUUCUCUUGUUGCUAGAAAUAAAAUAUUUCCUCGAGGAAGUGAGUGGUAGGACAGACAGGAAGUGAUGUUGGGUGUUCGCCACUGAACUCAACUACUGGAAUGGCCCCGAUCGCUUGCUGCGCAUUGGAGGCCUGACGGCACCGGAAGUAUAGAAGUCGCCAUGUUGUUUCACCCAAAACAAGAAAGCCUACGAGGAGUUCGAGAUGCCGUCUUGUGCUGCUAUUAAUUGCACAAAUCGUGAUACUCGUGAAAAUCACGAUACAGGACUUACAUUUCAUAGAUUUCCACACUGCAACGCUCAACUUCUAAAGCAAUGGGUAGACAGGUGGAUUCCUGCAGCCAGAUUGCAACUCUGUCAUUUCACCAAGGAGAACUUCGACAGGACCGACCAGACUGUUAGAUUGCGACAAAAUACAGUUCCAACAAUAUUUGACUUUCCUGAUCAUCUUCUAAAGCUAUGUGUUGCAUUUCACUUUGAUACUACGUAGAUCCUUUAUAACAAAUAUCUUGUGAACACUAAAAUUGAGUUGUUAUGCAUUGUAAUGUCAGACCAUAGAGGUAGGAAAAACCUUUAAGCUGGAGGGAAAUUUUGAGAUUUGGGUCUAGUAAAUUUACUGUUUCAAUGUAAUUUUUGUUAAUUCGUGUAAAUUUUUUAUACCGAACCAUAAAUGUAGUGAAGAUGUGCGUGCUUUUUUUGGGGGGGGGUGAAGCAAGAUGGCCGACCAAUGGCUUCAUGCGGUCAGCCGUGACGCCCCUUCCAGUAGUAUAGAGUUCAGUGGCGUUCACAGUUGAGUUUUAGCUUGGUGUGUGUUGCAACAGUAGCCCAUGUUUUUAUUUGGGAUUAUUGUGCCUAUUGUGAGAUAAUUCAAACAUGCUAUAAAAGCCUGGUGUUCCAGCGAUCAAGUCUGGCGCCAGACUCCAGUGAGCCAACAACUGUAAGAAUAGUAUUUUGCCAGUAGAGGGCAAUGUUUAUCAACCAUACUAAAAAAAAAAAAAAAUACCUGGUUGGCUUUACCAACAUACAAUGCUGACUGAAAGACGUGUUUAUUUAUGAUUCUAAACGAUGAAAGGGCGAAUUUGUGAGUUUAAUGCUCUCUGAACACGUUGGGUGUUUCGUCUCACAUAGCCAAGUGAUACAGAAAAUGGAUGAAUGGAUGUCUCCCAUUGCACACAACUUUACCAUCACACCACCCACCCUGGCACUAGGAAGUUCCGGACUUUCCAAACUAAAAUACAUACGGCACUAAACUAGCGAUAAACGCCAAAUAAAAAUGAAAACGCCCUGGCGCGAGACAGGAAAGAUGUACUUCAACUUGUGUUAACAUUUUAACAUUUGCAUUACCUAUUUACUACUACUUGACAUUUUUUUUAACGGUCACCCCAAGGUACAGCUGUUAUUGUGAAAAUCGACUGCUCAGCAACUCAGGUGUCGCUUUACCUGGGCUGGACCAUUUUAAACAACAUUUCAGCUGUUUUGCAGGCGUGCUUUAGCCUAUUAAUCUGUCCAUUGGAGUUCAGUGAAAACGUAUUAUAAUCGAACAUUUUAGUAAGAGUGGUGAAAGUUUGAUUGGGAUUUGCACCAAUGGCUAACCAGCACGCCCUCGUCUGUUUUGUGUGUACUUUCGGUUUAGUUUCUACACAGGUUGUGAAAUAUGCCCUCCAGGGUCAGGAGAUAAACUUGUUGCCAUCCAUAUUUGGACAACCUGAUGUGAUUCUGUGGAAACACGAUGGCAAAAAAGUGGUAUUUUUUGAUGGCAUGGAGGAGUUUGUGUUCCGUCCAUACGAGAACAGGAUCACUCUGGACUGGGCUUCUGCACAACUCACCAUCAAGGACACCACAUAUGAAGACAGCGGGGACUACGAACUGGAAGUGAACGUAUACAAGCAGGUGCAUCGUUCACAGUAUACAUGGGAGCUCAUAGACAAAGUAGCCACACCCAGCAUAUCCUGUGAGAUGAGUGACACAAAGCAGGCGAAGCUCGUGUGCUCGACAAAGUCCAAACACCCUCAUUUAUUGGACUUUAGGUGGAGCUCACGUGGAAACCAGCAGACUGGACCAAAUUUAACAAUAACUGUCAGGAAUGAAGAUGAUGAUCAAGUUUAUCGUUGUGAUGUCAGCAACCCUCUGACCAAUGAAACGGCUUCAUUCACUGCUAAGGACUGCUUCCUGGACAAAAGAUCAGCUGCUCUUCUCACUGUCAUCAUCUCUGUCAUUUUUGCUGUUGUCAUUCUUCUCAUCAUUUUGGCCUGCGUGUUCCGCAAAAGACUUCGAGGUUCAGCGUGUUUUGAAAAUACAAAGAAAGGGGUUUUUAAAAGACGUCAAAGUGCAGCAGAUGUUUCAGGCUCAAGCCAGGGCGAUGAAACCACUUACUUCCUGGGCGGCGCAUCCACGCUUCCAUCCAAUCAGAGGCUUCGCCCUUUGAUUCCAAGCGAUUGGAUUGAUCCGACUCAGGGCGGUGAAAAACAGAUGGACUCAAGCGCUUCAAAUGGGUCGAACAAGGAGUUGACGGGGGAUGAGGGAGUGGAGUCGGACGCAGCUAUUGGCCUCACUGCUUCAUCCACUGAUCCACUUCGUUCCCCUUUGGCCUCCUCAGAUGUGAACACUACCCCUGAACUUGAGGAUAACACUGAAUCUCAGCAGCUCAACUCCAGGGAAGAAGGUGAAUCACCUGCAGGUGAGAGACCCUCCAACGAGGAGAAAGGUUCAGAAGAAGCAGCCGCCACAGCAGCAGCUGAGCAGGAACCAGCUUUAAGCAUGGCAACCUCAGACGUGAACACUGCCCCUGAACUUGAGGAUAACACUGAAUCUCAGCCGCUCACCUCCAGCGAAGAAGGUGACUCACCUGCAGGUGAGAGGCCCUCCAACGACGAGAGAGGUUCAGAAGAAGAAGCAGCCGCUGGACAGGAACCAGUUUUAAGCACGGCAACCAGAGGCGAGGACCAGCAGGAAAGGAUCACGUCGGCCUCUGAGGAUGAAACACAGUCCGAUCACGAAGAUGACAAAGGGACAGCAGAUGAGGCUCAGAGUGAGACUGGCGUCGCCUCUCACGAUUCUCUGUCUGACACGCCAAGAAAAACAAAUCAAGAUUGCUAAUUUUGCCACUGGAAACACUGUUUUUACCAAGUUUGUAUUUGGGGGGAAUGUUGAUUUGAUCACAUCAAGCCAACUGAGCCGAUCGUGAACACGGUAUGAGUGAUAGUAAGACAAAUAACCACUAGAAAUAUGACAUUUCAAAUUGUGCGCUAAUCUGUGAGCAGAGACUCAUACAUGAUGGAAUAAUAGUGUCAUAAUGGACUAAUGUAAAGCUUUUGAUACAAAAAAUACACAUUUUAUGCACUGAAUGGAAUAAAG